CAUUUCGGCAAAAUAAUUCAUCCGUCGACGUAAGUUUCCUCCAAGUAAACCCCAAACAUCUAUCUACAGAAAUUUAUACUUAGAAACUAACAUAAACGUACAUAUUUACUAAAUUAAUGCUGAGAUAAAAAAAGAAGAAUACGGAAUACCUGUGUCGAGCUGUUCAUUGCUUUCAAGAUGGCGGGGCUGCAUAAAUCCUGUCAGCCAGUAAAAGUGAUACUUCUAAGCUGUGGAUCGUUCAAUCCAGUAACACAUAUGCAUCUUAGAUUGUUUGAAAUAGCUCGUGAUGCUCUCCAUAGGACAGGCUUAUUUAAGGUUCUUGAGGGAGUUAUUUCACCUGUGAAUGAUGCUUACGAAAAAAAGGGACUCCUGCCGUCCAAGCAUCGAUUGGCAAUGUGUAAAUUAGCUAUAAAGACAUCUGAUUGGAUCAGUGUUAAUGACUGGGAAGUAAAUCAAGAUGGCUGGUCAAAAACAGCUGAUGUUCUAGAUUACAUGACUGAUAAAUACAGCAAAAAGUACUCAGAGAAUGUCAAAGUCAAGCUAUUGUGUGGAGGUGAUUUAUUGGAGUCAUUUGCAGUUCCAGAUUUGUGGUCAGAUGAACAUAUUAAAAAGAUUGUUUCAGAGAAUGGAAUUGUUGUUAUCAACAGAUAUGGAUCAAAUCCAGAACAGUUCAUUUACAAUUCUGAUGUUUUAACUGAAAAUAAGAAUAACAUUCACAUUGUAACAGAAUGGAUAACAAAUGAUAUUAGUGCUACKAAAAUAAGAACUGCUCUACGGCGCCAGGAAAGUGUCAAGUACCUGCUUCCAGACUCAGUCCUUGAAUACAUCCAGACAAAUCAACUCUAUGGUUCAAAGCAAACCUGAAAUCAUGCACUKUUCGAAUAAAAAAUUUAAAAAAUUCUAA